AUGAGUCGCCACCGGCAGCAGUGCAGGAGCGAGAACGAAGACGAGAGCGAUGUUGGCGAGGGCGAGGGAGAGGGAAAUGGCGAAGACGGCGUUGGCAACAACGACAACGAGGACCAUCAAGGAUACUCCUCGUUCUUCGGGGCAUUCGACGUCACGUUCCCUCAGAGCUUGAGGUUUAUUGACGACGAAGAUAUCAGCAAUAAUGACCGAUCAUCGUCGGAUGCGCACAGGUAG